AACGUCACUGCAGCAGUUUCAAAACAGCCACAAAAUAUUGUCUCCCAGUGGAUGGAGUCGUGUUUUCUUAAAAUGUGUUGUUUAAUUUGUAUAAUUUAGAAAGUUUCUUGCAGUAAAUGCGUUAAGCCGUUUAUCGACGAAGUGUUUGAAGAAAACACUAAUUUGGAUAAUUAGUGUGCACUUGUGCUAAGUAUAACUACAUUGACAACUAGUUCUCACGCAGCGUUGCACUUGGUACUGUGAAUGUCACGAUUUUGAAACAAUUUAAUCAUGGCAUUAUACGUACUGUACGAGCAUGCUGCCGGCUACGCCGUAUUUAACGUCAAAGAGUUUGAAGAGAUAUCGAUGCUGCUGCCCCAGGUCGAGCAGUCCAUAACCGAUCUAUCCCGUUUCAAUUCGAUCGUGAAGCUGGUGGCAUUUUCUCCCUUCAAAACCGCAGUUUCUGCGCUGGAAAACGUCAAUGCCAUCUCAGAAGGAAUCGUCCCGGAUGAUCUGUCGGUAUUCUUGGAUUCGGUUCUGCCAAAAUCGUCAAAGUCCAACAAGUUCACGUUGGGUGUGGCUGAUGCUAAGUUGGGCGCGGCUCUCGCGGAAGCGCUGAAGAUUCAAUGUUCACACAUUGGAGCCGUUCCGGAGAUUCUUCGGGGCGUUCGUCAUCACUUCCCAAAGUUGGUGAAAGGAUUUUCCGAUAAAAGCGCUGGUGUCGCUCAGUUGGGUCUGGGCCAUAGCUACUCUCGUUGCAAGGUAAAAUUCAAUGUUCAUCGUUCAGACAAUAUGAUUAUUCAAUCGAUCGCGUUGCUGGAUCAGCUGGACAAAGACAUCAAUACAUUUUCGAUGAGGAUUAGGGAGUGGUAUUCCUAUCAUUUCCCAGAGCUGGUGAAAAUAGUUCCAGACAAUUAUCUGUUUGCUAAGGUUGCUCAUUUUGUCAAGGACCGCAAGUCGCUAUCGCAAGACAGUUUGGAAGGUCUCGAAGAGAUUGUGAUGGAUUCGGAAAAGGCACAGGCUAUCAUUGAUGCCUCCAAAAUGUCCAUGGGAAUGGAUAUUUCAGUAAUCGAUUUGCUAAACAUUGAAAUGUUUGCAAAGCGAGUGGUAAACUUGUCCGAGUAUCGACACCAAUUGGCGGAAUAUCUGCACUCGAAAAUGACAAACGUUGCACCGAAUUUACAGUCUUUGAUCGGAGAUCAAGUAGGUGCCAGGCUCAUUUCAAAAGCUGGCAGUCUUACCAAUUUGGCCAAGUAUCCCGCAUCUACCGUGCAAAUUUUGGGAGCCGAAAAGGCCCUAUUCCGAGCUUUGAAAACGAAAAGCAACACACCCAAAUAUGGACUGUUGUUCAAUUCGUCAUUUAUUGGUCGAGCGAAUGCCAAAAAUAAAGGUCGCAUUUCGCGCUUCUUGGCUAACAAGUGCUCCAUUGCAUCUCGCAUAGAUUGCUUCACCGAGUCUCCAAACAGCGUGUUCGGUGAAGCGUUGAAACAACAAGUGGAAGAUCGUCUCAAGUUCUACGAAUCCGGUGAGGCGCCUCGCAAGAACGAAGAAGUCAUGAAGGAGGCAAUUGAAGUAGCAGCUCAACUCAACGCCAGUCAGAUGAGUGUGAAGAAAAAGAAGAAGAAGAAGGACAAGAAACGUAAACACGAGGAAGCUGAAGAUGCCGAGGAAAAUGCAGCGAAUGGAACCCUAGAUGACACUGCUACCACCAACGGAAAUGGAACAUUCGUAGAAGCAGAACCUGAACCAGAAGAAGGCGAGCCAAAAAAGAAGAAAAAGAAGAAGAAGAACAAAGUCGCCGAGGAAUGAAGAGCUUUUAAAGAGAUAAGUACAAUAUAUUUUUCUUUCUAUAUGUUAGUAUCAAGCUUCGGAGCUUAUUCUUAGAGUAGGGAGAUGAUACGAAGAUUUUCGAUUCCACUAAUAGAUUUACAAGGUAGUUUCAAUUGCCUAUAGUUUGAAUCGAAUGGUCACGUCUCCCCCUAUUCGCUAAAUAGGCAUAGUUAUAUUCAAUAAAAACUCUUGUUUUCUAACUGAGCGUAGAAUAAGCUAAA